UAUCCGCCCAUACUUCGAAACCCCUAAUCGCUCUCAAUCCUCAGCCGGCCGGAGCCUCACUCGCAACUCCGCCGCUCCUUCUCGGACGCAGCCGCAGUCUGUGACUCUUCCCACCACGCACUGAAGCAGCGAGGGCGCCUGCGCCGUUCAAUCGCCGGAAAUUUAAGGAUUGUGUUUGUAUUAUUGUGUGCUCGUUAAUGAUGGAAUCCUCAGCUGAUGAAGCAUUCUCUGCAUUUGAAGCAAAAGUAAAACGGACUGUGUACAUUGACAACCUCUCACCCCUGGUUAAUGAGUCGGUUCUUAGGUCUGCAUUUGGCCAGUUUGGGAAUGUCAUCAGUGUUCAGUUUAUUCCCAACUACUUGGAACCAGCAAAUUCACAGGCUGCUUUAAUUGAAAUGGAAAAUGCUAAGCAGGCCGAAGGGAUAAUAUCUGACAUCUCUAAUUCCCCUUUUAUGGUUUCUGGGAUGCCAAGACCUGUCAGGGCACUUCCUGCAGAGAAUGAGAUGUUUGACGACCGUCCGAAAAGGAAGAAAGGUAAAAUACUGGUUCGUUGGUUGGAACCCGAUGAUCCUAAUUUUAAGGUGUCCGAGGAGCUUGUAAAGUUGACCAGGAAACAUUCUGACGAGGCCAAGUAUCUCAAAGCGUGUCUAGAGAAAGAGGACAAGGAGCUUGCAGAUCAGCAGGCAGAGGCAUUGAAGUCCAAUUACAAAAAGUAUGAGCUGAUCGACAACAUUUUUGCGGACAAAACCGCUCAUCGCUUGGGUGACCGAUAUAACAUCCGUGUUUCCGAUGCUUGAGGAGUUUAUGGGAGGCCGAUAUAACAUACGUGUUUCAAAUGCUUGAGGAGAUCCAGGUUUCUCUCCAGCUCCCAUCCCUGUAUUGAAUGGUCUGUUUCCUUGACCGUGUUUUUGGUACACACUUGGGCAUUAUAUUGUUAUUUUCAUGUGCAUGAUGUUUGGUAUUGUUGAAAUGGAUGGGCGGGCAUAAAGAAGGCAAACUCUGGGUAAGUAUAUUCUAGUAUUUGCUUCAUUUUUUACUCUAAAAAGUAUAAAUAUGAAUUACUUCAAACCCUGUAAAAAAAUAUUGAUAAAAGGUAUCAAAAGACCAUUGUUGUCCCACAAUUGAGUUUACAGCUUAAACUUUUA